CUCAGUUCGGAGAAUCGCCUUCCAGUGAACAUUCGUCCGUGGGCAGCGGGUUAGUACAGGCGCGCUACCUCAGUGCAAGUAGUCCACAGUUCACAAUUGGGAAAUUCCCGCACAACGACGACGACGUCGAAUCGCUGCACUCCUGCUCGUGGCGACAGAAUUGAUUCGAUUUACGACUUUGCGACCAUUGUCGACUCAAUCGGCUCCGUCCCUGGUUCGUUUGCUUGAUGCUCGGGCAGUGAAAAGUUGACUUGACCCGCACGUAAUUAGCCAAAAACAAUUGACAAUUGCGGCUCCUCCUUUGAACGGCGUUUGACCGCCUUCGCUAAUACCGACUUGCGGACUGCACAGUGACCGCGAGUGGCAGCUAAGUGUGUGGCGUGGUUUAUCAGACGGGAUGAUCGCUUGUUUACAUGCCCAUAAAAAUAAUCGUAAAAAUAAUAAUAAAAGUUAUAAUAAAAAUUAAUUUGAUUGCGGCCGGGCGAGUGUGCGAAGGCACGGCGAGAGCGACUGCGAUUUUAUUGGUUUUUUAUGGACGAGAACGACGACAGGUCGGCAGUGAAAUAAAUAAUCAGAUCAGAGGAUCGCAACGGCCAGCCUUCGAUCAGUUUCUAAUCGAGUCGCGUUCUUCCGCUCGCUCAAUUUGUUGACGAUUUCCGUGAGAUUUAUUGCCCGUGUUUGGUUAGGAAGCGAUUGUGCUCGAAUUCUGGAAUUGGUUUCCGCGCGGGCAGUGAUUGAACAGUUUCGUGCACAUUUCCUAGAGCGACUCACAGCAGACGAACCUGCAACAACGUCUGUGAGAAGUGCUUCAGUGAUUUCCUGACUAGAUUUGUUUGGGUGCUUUACCCGCCGCGUGAGUUGUUCUGUUCCCUUUGUAGGCUUGAGGUGCGUCAGCGAGUAGAAUUUCGGGCUGAUAAUCAAAAUGACCCUGAAUUCAGUCGAAUUCCAAUAGAACGCGCCCACACAGUCCGAUCGUUGACGAUCAGAGCCCACAGUGCUGUGUGAAAGUUUGAGGAUAACUGGCGAGUGUGUGAAAAAUAUCCUUUGAAGACAGUGAACGUGAGGUGAAUUGGUUCGAGUCCUCGAAAGAAGUGCAGAUCGCACGAUAAAGGACCCGAGUGAGUCCUGAGCGAAUUUGUUUGUUUUGAUUGAAGUUCAGAGCCGCCAAAAUUCUCUCCACGGCCACAAUGAACUCGUAUUUUGAACAGACGGGCUUCUACGGCCACCCGCACCAGGCAACCGGGAUGGGAAUGGGUACGGCCGGACACCACGACCAGACCGCCACAGCCGCGGCGGCCGCAUAUCGGGGAUUCCCCCUUUCCCUCGGCAUGACUCCGUACGCAAAUCACCAUCUGCAACGAUCGACACAGGACUCCCCGUACGAUGCGAGUAUCACGGCUGCCUGCAGCAAAAUCUAUGGCGAUGGAUCGUACAGCAAAGAUUGUGCCAAAACAAAUUCAGCCGAUACAAAUGGCUACAAGGACGUGGUGGGCGGCUGGAACACCGGAUCAAGUGGCGCCGGAAGCGGAGCGGCCGGUGGCCAAAGUAGUUCUGUACCCGUUCGACCAUCAGCCUGCACCCCAGAUUCCCGCGUAGGUGGCUAUUUAGACACAUCGGGUGGAAGCCCAGGAUCACGGGGCGGCUCGGCCGGAGCAGUAACAGGCACAGCUUGGAAUGCAAAUUGCACAAUUUCGGGAGCGACUGCAGCACAAACAGCAGCGACCGGUCUACAUCAGGCGAGCAAUCACACCUUCUAUCCAUGGAUGGCUAUUGCAGGUAAGAGAUACUCAGAAUCUCUUGCGGGCUCGUUACUUCCGGAUUGGCUAGGUACAAAUGGAUUGCGACGACGUGGCCGGCAAACUUACACCCGAUAUCAGACACUAGAAUUAGAGAAAGAAUUUCAUACAAAUCACUACUUGACACGAAGACGAAGAAUUGAAAUGGCACAUGCCCUCUGUCUUACCGAGCGACAAAUAAAAAUUUGGUUCCAAAAUCGACGAAUGAAAUUGAAAAAAGAGAUCCAAGCUAUUAAGGAGCUUAAUGAGCAGGAGAAGCAGGCGCAAGCGCAGAAAGCAGCAGCGGCGGCGGCAGCAGCGGUUCAAGCUGCACAGGUCAUAUCGGAUCAAAACUAGGAAAGAAAGUUUCUAUUAAAUUAUUAAUGAAAUUCAUAUACAUAUAAUACAAAAACGAAAGAAAUGUAGCGUGUGCUUAGUAUAAACUAAUUUUUCUUCCUAUAUUUUCCUUGUUUUAGUUGAGGAGAAAUUUUGUUUUCUGUCAUAAUUUAAGUAUUGAAAUUUAGUUAAUUCGAUGCAACUGUGAAUAAGGUUUAAGCACUGUCGAUAAACGGAAUUAUAUUUUUUGUUACUAUAUUUUAACAUUGAAGAAUGCCCAACAUGUGAAACAUAUUCAUAAGAUUUGUAAGACGAUGUUCGUGCAAACAACAAUAGCACUUUGAAAGAAAAGAGCUUGAUAGUUGCAGUGAGUGAUUCUAUAAUUGUAAGCACCAUCAUUAGAUAGUCAAAAUAAUUGUUGUGUAGGUCAUCAUUUCCCACUAAACUUCAGUAUUAGUAAAUCAAUUUUGCGACCUACAUAGAUUCAUACAACACAAACCCCUGAAGAGAUAUUUGAAAGCUAAAUAAAUGGAAAUAUUUUCCGUGAAAGAUACAAGACAAUUUCUAAGAAUUGUAUAAAUGACCAAAAAGAAUUUCAGUUUUUCCGGAUGCGCUGCUGGCUUCCCUCAAUCCUUUAGCGCACAAUAGAUUUGAAGCAUAUGUUCAGUCCUUCCACGCAGUGUCGUAAUUAAUGAAUCUGAAAUGAAGGCACUCUGUGGGACUAAUUGUUAGGGUUAUUACUUAGAUGAACACUUGCUGUUAAACAAACUAAUCGCACAUAGAGAAGCGCAAUGGGGUAGAGCGUUCUAUUCUCAUCAUCCUUCAUUUUAUCAGACCUCUUGGUCAGGAAGAGUGUAUUUGACUAAAUUUUCCUAAAAAUAAAAAGAUCCCCAUUUUAUGGAAAAUAUUUCCGCUAAUAUCUAGUGCUAACACUUUAGCCCUUGUUAUAAUCAUUCAUACAUGGGCUUACAAUGUGUACUCUAAAGAGAACGUCGCCAAACAAUUUUCGAUUCGAUUAGAAAUUCAAAGCAUCCUUCCACUUAAAAAUGUUUAUUUCAUUUUAAUUGGCAUAUAUCAUCCACAUUAUUUGUUAGUUUAUAUACUAUCCUGUAUUUUGAACUUUAAUUGCGACUGAAUCACUCGCUGUGCUGUCUCUUCGUCGAAAAUUCCGAAAGCAACAAAUGUACUUCUUUUGCCAUUUCUUACAGCAGUGAACAGAAUCUUGGAAUUCAAUCGGAGAUGUACAUAAUGUACAACUGAACAAACUGAGAGAGAAGCUCACAUUAAAUGCUACUGUAAUAAAAAUAAAAUAUUUAAUUAUAUUAAAGAAAAUCAACUAAUAUAUUGACCUAAUUUCGUAAAGCAUCCUUCUGGACUACACUCUAGAAGAUAAGUAACUCUAGACUAAAAGGAGAUUUAUUUUCCUUUUUUUGCAUAAACCCUAAGAAUAAAUUAAUUAAAAUAUUACAAUUGUUGUACAAAUUAGGGUACCAAAUAUGUGCGUGUAAAUAUCGAACUAAAAACUAAACGUAAAUGUUCUAAGCCCCUCUCAGUUAAAAUGUAAGAAUAAGCAUAUUGAUGAUUAUUAUCAUUGUAGGAAGAGGUAAAUAAUAGAAGUUAAUGUGACGUAAUAAAUUUUUCUUACUUUCAUUGUUAAACAAUUUUUUUUGUUACGUUUUCCUUUAAGAAAAAACCCUGUCCAGUAAUUUCAAUAAUUUUUCUUCUUUUUGUUAUUUGGAGUUUUUUACAUUUUUGCAUUAUUUUUAUGCCAACUUAUUUAUUCUUGUUUAUAGCAAACAUUAAUUGUUUGUUCCGUUACAAUCUCAGAAUGAGCAGCCAGAAGAGUGCAAUACCGUGUCUUAUGGUUGAAAAGUGUCGAUACGGAGAUUCCCUGCUCAUUUAAUAGAAAUUCCGUCUUUUUCGAGUAUUCCUUAUAAAUUGACAAACUACAUACCAGUAUGCAAUUUUUGUGAUUUUUAAAUUAGAUUGAUCUUCAGAUAUAACUUUUUUCGAAUUAAUAAUUUCAACAUGUUGGCUUACGAGUCUCUACAAAUCGACACUUUGAUUCCUUACUUUCUGAAAGAAGUCUAAAUCCAGUUUCAUUUUAAUUUGUUGAUUAGAAAACAUCUUUUUCGAAAAGUUUUACUUAGGUUUACAGUGUAAACAUAUUGAAUAAGUUUCAUAUAAAAAACAAAAAAUAAUCCUAAAGAGAUCGCAAUAUAAACUGAAAUACGUAAAAAUCUGUGAAUUUUAUUUAAAUUUAAGUCCUAUUUAAGCAUUUCCGUACUUAAAUGAAAACGAAAUAAGUAUAUAUUUUAUGUGCAGGGUAAGAAUUACUCGCCUUUGAUUUGAUUUUCAUUAAAAAAUGAUAAAUUUACAAAAAAUAACGACUACCACAUAAGUGUAAGUGAAAAAAAAAAAUCAACGGCAAUGUUUUGAAAUCUUUUCAAAUAGUUUAACGUUAUGCAUAUAACGUAAACAUACGUAAUUUUUCCUGCUAAUGUAGAAAAUAUUUUUCGUGCAUGAAGGUUUACAAAAAAAAAAUGGAGAAAAAUUUAAAAUGGCAUACAUUAAAUGUAUACUAGUAGAAGUUUAUAAUGAAAAUAAAAACUAAAAACUAAUGAAAAUACUCCGCUACUUCAGGAAUGACUUUACAAAGUAAAACAGAAUUUUGUAUAGAAGUGAAAUACGUAAAAUAAUUAAAUGUAACUAUUUAUAAAAUGAAAAAGAACUUAUUUAUAGAUCGCCGGCGAAAAAGCCGAAAAGAUAAAAGAAACAAAAACAAUUAAACACCUUCAAUAUGUAUACGUAACUAGACACUAAGUAUAAGCUAAAAUAAACAGAAAUUUGGAGUCAUAGUUUAUUGUGGAAAACACAAACAAUAACUAUGAAACACACACUUUAGUUAUUCACUGGUUUACAAUUUGUUUUAUCCUGUUUUAAUAAAUAACUGGUACCUAGUAAAGUUAAUAUAAUUUAUAACGAAACGAUAAUAUAGUGUAUUACAAAUUAUGGCCAUCCCAUGAAAAUAAAUAUAAAAAAUAAAUACUUGUACUCAAAUACGUAAAUCUAUGUUUUAUUCCCGAAAUAACAACAGAAGAAGAGAUAGAACUUAAAUUAAGUUUGUGAAUUUUUCUCAUCUUUAAGAUAGAUUUUGUGAGAUUGUUUAUUCACAAAUGACGUAAAUAAAUUGAGGAUAUAAGAUGUAAAUGAUAUUAUAUUAUUAAUUAUUUAAUGUAAAAGAUACAGAAGUAGUAUGUUAAAGAGAAAUUAUUUCCGUCAGAAUAAAAUAAGCAGAACAAAACUGAAAAUGAAAAUGAGGAUAGUGAAAAAUAAAAAUUACAAUAAUAAAAAAAUAAACGUUGGUUUCCUUUUAAAAUUAGUGAAUAAGAGGUACUGGAAGUAUACUUGCUUUCACAUUUACUUUGGUUUUGUUGACAGUAUUGUUUCCCUAAUCCUCCGAAUGAUGAGCCGUGGGCUGUGCAAUGGCGGAUUUAAAUAAAUCGUCCCAGUUGGUCUCUG